CCUUCCAGGCUCCACCCUUUGCGGAGAUUAUAAAUAGCAUGCUCCCAGCCACAGCCAGAGAUGCCGUAAUGGUGAGAGUGAGUUUCAGAACCUUUCUGAGGACCUGAAGAAAACUUGCUGCUAGGAAGGACAUUUUGAAGGUUUUGUUGGCUGGAAGAGGUGUCUCUGGGAUCCCAUUCCUAGAUCUUUCCUGACGAUUUGAAAAGUAGAUCAGGACCAUGGGGACACAGAAGAUCACCCCACCGCUGAUCUUCGCCAUCACAGUUGCUACAAUCGGCUCUUUCCAGUUCGGCUACAACACUGGAGUCAUCAAUGCUCCCGAGACGAUCAUAAAGAGCUAUCUCAAUCACACUCUGGAAGACAAGUCCAAACAAUCUCCCUCCAGUGUGCUACUCACCUCCCUCUGGUCCCUGUGCGUGGCCAUCUUCUCCGUGGGUGGUAUGAUCGGCUCCUUUUCCGUUGGACUCUUCGUCAACCGCUUUGGCAGGCGUAACUCCAUGCUGAUCGUCAACCUCUUGGCUAUCGCUGGCGGCUGCCUUAUGGGAUUCUGUAAAAUAGCUAGGUCGGUUGAAAUGCUGAUCCUGGGCCGCUUGAUUAUUGGCCUCUUCUGUGGACUCUGCACAGGUUUUGUGCCCAUGUACAUCGGCGAGAUCUCUCCUACUGCCCUGCGGGGAGCCUUUGGCACGUUCAACCAGCUGGGCAUCGUCGUGGGGAUUCUGGUGGCCCAGAUCUUUGGUCUGGAAGUCAUCCUGGGGUCGGAAGCACUAUGGCCCGUGCUGUUGGGUUUUACCAUCCUUCCUGCUAUCCUACAAAGCGCAGCCCUUCCAUUUUGCCCCGAAAGUCCUAGAUUCUUGCUCAUUAACAGAAAUGAAGAGGAAAGUGCUAAGCAGAUCCUUCAGCGCUUGUGGGGCACCCAGGAUGUGUCCCAGGACAUCCAGGAGAUGAAAGAUGAGAGUGCCAGGAUGGCCCAAGAGAAGAAAGUCACUGUUCUGGAGCUCUUUAGAGCACGCAGCUACCGACAGCCCAUUAUCAUCUCCAUUGUGCUCCAGCUCUCCCAGCAGCUCUCUGGAAUCAAUGCUGUAUUCUAUUACUCAACAGGAAUCUUCAAGGAAGCUGGCGUUGGGGAACCAAUCUAUGCCACCAUCGGCGCGGGUGUGGUUAACACCAUCUUCACCGUAGUUUCUCUGUUUCUGGUGGAAAGGGCUGGAAGGAGGACACUCCAUAUGAUAGGCCUUGGAGGAAUGGCUUUUUGUUCCCUCCUCAUGACCAUUUCUCUGCUAUUAAAGGACAAGUAUGGUUGGAUGAGCUUUGUCUGUAUCGUGGCUAUCUUGAUCUUUGUGGCCUUCUUUGAAGUUGGACCAGGCCCCAUUCCCUGGUUUAUUGUGGCGGAACUCUUCAGCCAGGGACCCCGUCCAGCCGCAGUGGCUGUGGCUGGCUGCUCCAACUGGACCUCCAACUUCCUGGUUGGGUUGCUCUUCCCCUCUGCUGCCUACUACUUAGGAGCCUACGUUUUUAUCGUCUUCACCGCCUUCCUGGUUACCUUCUUGAUCUUCACCUUCUUCAAAGUCCCUGAGACCCGUGGCAGGACUUUUGAGGAGAUCACCCGGGCCUUUGAAGGGCAGACACAGGAGGCCGCCAGAUCCGCGAAGGACCCCAUCAUGGAGAUGAACAGGGUCCAGCCUGAGAAGGAGUCCACCACCAACGUCUAAGCCCUCCCUCCUUCCACCUCCUCUCGACCUGGGAGAGCAGCCUC